AUGUCUCCUCUCUCAUCUCUCUUCGUCGUCAUAUUCUUCAUCAUAACCCUUUUCACUAUCUCGUCCUUCUCAGAUGACGAUCUCUUCUCUGAUCUCAUCUCCCUCCGGUCCAAAUCGGAAUCCGGUGUAAUCCGUCUCAAUGACCAACUUCUUUCUCGAUUCCACACAUCUUCCAAAUCUCCCCGGGGUUUCUCCCUCCUUAUCUUCUUCGAUGCAGUUCAACUCCAUAACAAGACAGAGCUCAAUCUUAGAGGUUUGAGAAACGAAUUUGGACUCCUAGCUUCUUCCUUCAUUACUAACAAUAAGGAAAGCCUUUCAUCUAGAUCUACAAUCUUCUUUUGUGAUAUGGAGUUUAGUGAGUCUCAAUCCAGCUUCAAAAAGUUCGGAGUUAAAUCUGUCCCUCACAUCCGCCUUGUACCUUCAACUGCCGUUAGCCUCAAGGAAGAUUCGAUUCAAAUGGACGCUGACGAUUCCUCCCGCCUUGCAGAAUCCAUGGCAGUUUGA